AUCGGAAAAGAGUGGAGCCAUUAGGGUUUGAAGAAGCGCACGGGCGCCAACGAACUAGGCAGCCAAUCAGAAUUUAGCUCAGCCGAUGGUGGGAAUUCAGAGCGGCAGGAAUAUUGCAUCUCGAUUCCUGCUUUCUUGGAGCGACCAUCGAGGCAAACGACACGGACACCAUCGACAGGAGACAUCAUCAACUCUUCUCCUUUCCGCUAAGCACAUCGCCGUCACAAUGGCCCCCAAGAAGUCCAAGUCCGACGCCCAGUCCAUCGGCGCCAAGCUUGCCCUCGUCAUCAAGUCGGGCAAGGUCGUUCUGGGUUACCGGAGCACCCUGAAGGCCCUCCGCAGCGGCAAGGCGAAGCUUAUCUUGAUUGCCGCCAAUACUCCUCCCCUUCGCAAGUCCGAGCUCGAGUACUACUCGAUGAUGUCCAAGACGUCAGUCCACCACUACAGUGGCACCAACAUUGAGCUCGGCACCGCUUGCGGAAAGCUCUUCCGCUGCUCCACCAUGGCCAUCCUGGAUGCCGGUGACAGUGAUAUUCUCAACGACCAGCAGGCCUAAGUUCAGGCAUCAGGCUGGGGGACACGAGUUGGCAUCAACACGGCGUUUGGGUGUGGGAUCGGGAAAAUAAAGAUGACGUAACGACCUGUCGA